AUGCCAAUAAUGAAAUGUAAUGUAAAAGACAUUAAAGCUUCCCAAAAACCUGCUUAACCUGCUUAAGAAAAGAAUAGAGGUCAUAUUUGGCAUUGCAGGACUGAAGUAACAGCAGAUACGCUGAAACCGCCCAUCACCAAUGACUGUUGCGGUGAUGUAAUUUGGGAAUGUUUCGAGAAAAGUCUGUAUACAGAUCACCUGGGAAGAGCGCAGACAGCGACUUCUUAGACUUCAAUACUAUUUUAUUGAGUAUCCAGCAGCAUCAGUGCUUUUCAUCAGACUAACUUUACUGGAACAUGGAAAUAAGGAUGCUGUUCCACCCACCGAAAGAUCCCAAGUUCCCAAGGAAACCGUGGAUAGGAUAUGUGAACGACGUGCCCUUCGUGGGCACUUCUGCUGACAUGGUGGACGGCUUCAUUGCGCUGCUCCAAGGAGACCGAAAGACCGCAGAGGCCAAGAGCUAUAAGGACUUCCUGGACUCAGCUGGAAUCCAUGACCUGAAGCCAGGGUCCAUCCUUCAGAACGACACAAUCCAGAAAGUAGUCGGGUGCAGUGCCAGAGUAUCCAAAUAUAUAAUUGAUUACAUUAUACAAGCAAAAAAUCCACGGGCGAAAGCCACCGUCAAAGUAACUAAGGCAGCCCAGGCAGGUAAAGAUCUAACCACAUCCCUUUCCAAGUCUUUCAAGGCUCUCAGGGAUACAUUGAAAGAACAUGGUAUAGACUUGCUCGAAGAUGUACAACAGAACCGAAGGUCUAACCGGGGAGAACACGUUUUCAACAACGCCCUGCUUCGGUUAUAUGGGUCGAUAAUUGAUUUAUACAUUGCAAGGCACGUCGAAAAAGGUAACAGAAAUACGUUGGUUGACAGUAUCCCAAACAGCUGCGUUAGUGACGCCUUCCGAAGCAACGCCCCAGAUGGCAGAUACCUCAACUUGACAGCUGAUCAGAGACGAAACAUUAGAAACUGGGUAGUUUGCAUUCCGGACAAUAUGGUAUAUAUCCCAAUAAACAACACUCUGUUUUCAUACAUGAUAGGGGAGAUUAGGAACAAUGCUGUUAAGGCCAUGCAUUCAUUUAGUCUGUUUCAAAAUGAUGAGAAAGUGCUGCGUAAACUCUCUCAAUUAGUAGAAUGGAUGAAUACUCAUCGCGUUUAUCUGGACCCAUAUGCCGCGGGAAUUUGGCUUUUUGAAAACCAAUUUCGUCAUCAUGAAUUUCACAUGACUGAAGACGGCGUGCAACGUAUGCUGAGGUCCAUCGUUCCCUGUAAGACAACCUUGUUAAUUGAAUAUGUGAAUAUGCUGAUACUGGCCGCCAACCUGGUGGGUGUAUUCAUUCAAGGUGCGGUUAACCACAGUUAAGAAGCCUUAUGCAUCCUGCUCUUUAAUCAUUAAAAAUU